AAUCGCUGGUCAGUCCGCAAAACCAGUGGCGAUCCACUCAACUCUACGCCCGUCACGUUGCGCACAUGGAUCGGGUCGAGGUGACCACGCCACACCCAGCAGACCGAGGCAGAGUGGCUGUGCUGGAGGAGCGUCUUGUGUAACAGCUGUAUCAGCCAGUGGCACCGACGGCAACCAGUUGCGCCAGCAGCACCGUGCCUUGUUGAAAUGUCCAGUACGCAGAGGAGGCGGCGCAUUCAUCGGCCUCUCAUCGCGACGGGGGCCGAGAAAUAGAGACAUUCGGGGAGGGGGGGGGGGACAGUUUGUGAGCGACACUGUUUACAUGCGUGUGUUUUUGCCGUAGCUGAAGCCACUUUUCGGAGGAAUGAGAGGCCUAUGUCCGGCUCUCAAAAUGGGAUUGUUUCUGCACGCUGUCGGGUCUGUCACCCCCACCGAGUCCGCAGCAGAAGGGAGCCUACUGCACUGUGAAGGCGUUAACAACCACAGCUACAUCUGCGAGUCCGGACACUGCUGCGGGGAGUCUCAGUGCUGCAGCUACUACUAUGAGCUCUGGUGGUUUUGGUUGGUCUGGGCCAUCAUCUUUAUUUUGAGCUGCUGCUGUGUGUGUCACCAUCGCCGCACCAAACACCGGCUGCAGCAGCAACAACGGCAGCACGAGAUCAACCUCAUCGCUUACCGCGAAGCACACAACUACCCCUCCGUGCCCUUCUACUUCAGGUUUCUGCCAAACUACCUCCUGCCUGACUAUGAAGAGGUGGUCAACCGACCACCGACUCCUCCCCCUCCCUACAGUGCCUUACACACAGGGCCAACGUCAGUGGCCUCUAGUCCACUGGCUCCUGAACAGCAGGAGGGACACUGUCCAACCAUCCAGCCCACUCCGGCGCCCCCGGUCUCUGACAGUUUGUGCUGCAGACCCAGCAUAGAAGAACCACAGCCCCCUACUUUAGACUUUAGGCCAAAGCCUGAUAAUAAACCCACGCAGACGGCACAAGAUUCAGGUGUGAUACUGCUGUCCGAUGGGCUCAACACGGAGGGACUUGCCAGUCAGGAGAAAAGAAAUGGAAGUGGGGACGACUCCUGUAAGGACCCACUGCUGAAGGACCUGUCAGAGAGUUGCGCUGAGGACAAAGAUCGACUCCCCAAUGGAAGGAGGAGGCGAUUCACAGGGGACUCUGGGAUUGAGGUGUGUGUGUGCGGCACACGUGGGAGCAGCAGCUUUAGUGGAGCUGGAGGGACAGGCCAGGAAGGCAAGGAGUUGAGGGAGCUGGAGAGCUUGCUGGGGCGUGAGGGAGAGGAAGAGGAGGUGGAGGAGGUGGAGGAGGAGGAGGAGGAAGUGGGCGACUUCUGCGACAGCUGUGGUCAGCGUGCCUCCUUCAGUGUGGAGGAGGAGGAAGCACUAGGCGGGAUGGAGAGGCGAGUCGCACGUGGGCCUUCAGGACCCCCUCAGCCGGCUCACCAGAUAGGCAGCGCCUCCCUCCACCCUCCGGUGUGCCUCCUCCUCCACACCAUCAACGAGCAGGAGGGGCCGCACCACAGCACCAGCACUGAGCCGCAGGGCUGAGACACAGUGAACAUACCUUUGUGUCAUCGAGGGACGGAGAGAGCACUUGACACAAAGCAUGGAGGCAUAUGCUUUUGUAUCUGAGUGUUUUAUGUCUGAAUACUUUCUAGGUGAGUAUUUUUUAUGAAUGUGUGCAUCUUAGAUAAAACAGGUGUGGGAGCAGGAAGUGGAAUCUCGGCUAAAAAUAUUGUCACCAAAGGUUGAGUAAGCCUGCUCCUACCCACACUGGAACAGUGGCCUUACCUGUGUAUUUGGGGUUUUAUUUGGGCAGCACAAGCCCUUUAACAGACUGUGACAAUUGGGACUUCUCACACUGCACACCACACACACACACACACAGUCCUUCAGUUGUCCUUCUCGUGUAACGGAAGCUACUUAUACACAGUCACAGACUUGAUAGCUGAAGCUGUGACGUCAGGACAGGACAAUCACUGCCCAGGAUGAAUGCAGCUCUCCUCACCAGGUGCUUGCAAAGAUUUUGCAAAGCCGUACACACAGCAGGAACAUUUUGGAUGAGUGCAAUGUGGAAUCAACACACCGUGUGCUUAUGCAAUCUGACACUGUACAGGGACACUAGAACAAGACUGUGUGGGACGUCCCGGUAGACUCAUGCUUCUAAAGUGCUUUUUCAGCGAUUUAAAAACCGCUCUGCCUUGUGUCCAUUUUUGUUGCUCUCUAUCUGCGUUGGUAGUGAUAGAGAAGAAGUGCAUUAACAAGUCUUCAUUUGAGCAGUUCCUAUUUUGCACAAAAUGUAUUUAUCUUUAUAAAUGAAGCUUUUAGUGGAAAAAAAAAUCAAAAUGCUUACUUUGAUUAAUUCAGUCUUAAAUUGCAGUACGUGAUUAAGUCCCUUAAGGUUUUGUUGCAACAUGUGUAAGAAAUGGACCUCUGAAUUGUUAGGGAAUGAACCUCAUACAGAAUCAUUUUUUAAAAAUGAAUUUAAUGAAUGUUUGUAGUAUGUGCCUACCCAAAAAAAAAAUCAUAUUUUUGAUGAACAAUGACGGUAAAGCUGAGCGACCACAAGAAUGCAGGUACCAAAAAAACAACCAAGGAAAGACUAUUAAGCUUCUUAGAGAUUACAACUGAGAUGGGCAACAUCAGACCUCAAACCUUUGUGUCAGUCUCUUCAUUAGAUCACCAACUUCACCAGCUACAGUCUGAAAACAUACACAUUUACACUAUUUGUAUUGGAUUUUCACAUUAGCACAAUUUUACCAUGCUUUUGAUGGAGUGUUCUUUAAAGGUCCAGUGUGUAAGAUUUAGAGGGCUCUAUUUACAGAAUAUAAUACAUGCAUAUGUUCUUGUUACUUUAGAAUGAACCUUUUAUAUCUACAGACAGACUCUGCCAUCAUAGUUUCUCCAGCAUGCUAGGGAGAUGAGAGUGAGGCGAGGCGGUUGCAAUCAACGGCUACAUCAUUAAAUCCUACACAUUGGUCCUUUUUAAUUUAACAUUUUAAGAGUUUCUUGAAGAAUCCAUUCUCAGAUUCUGAGAUUUCUUUCAAAAUACAUUAAAUAUGUUGGAAAAUAGUUGCUAAAAACGUGAACGAUAUGAAUGAUAUGAACGCUAUAUUACUCAAAUGUGGAGUUGGAGGUUAAAACAGUUUUUCACCAGUUUUCAGUCCAGGAUUUCUUGGGUGGCUCGAUGACACGCUGAGGCCACCCUGAGCAUACCCCUGCACCCCUAGCAGAGAGAUAGAGAAACAAUAAUCUCUCUCAGAACGUUUCAAAGUUAGUCAUGUCAUUUUCUGAGCUUUCUGAACUUCUGACACGUUUCAGUCAAUUCAAAGUUACUGCUUGACUGCUCCCACGAGUGGGUGUGGCUUAAGCACAUUCAGUGGACACGCCCCCACAGACCUGGAGCUGUCAAUACUGCUAAUUUUUACCCGAUUGUGACACCUAAUUUCAUAAACUUGUCGAUAUUUUUAAUCAUUCAAGUUUGGCUAGGUGGUUAAUAACUUUAUUCUUUGGUCUGACAAACUCAGAACACAUAUUUAGUCUUUACAUGGACUUUAAGGCUGAUUUCAGUCAAUAAGACAAGUGCGAUUUUCACAUAAAUAUGGUUUAUUACAGAUAAAUGGCCAUGUCAGUUGACUGCGUUUGUGUUAUACAAUCGGACUGCUCCUAAGGAAACGCUCCCUUAGGACAAAAACAGUAAUGGUAAAGUCAUUUUUGCAUUUUAAUCAUUAAAGGGUGUUCAUCCCUGACUCAACUUUACAUGAAGGUAAUUAAUCCCAUGAUAGUCAUGGUUGUAGAGCCACUGACCAGAGACACACAAAUAUAUUUGUAAUAGAAGUAUUUAACCCUAACUGGUAAUUUUAGAGCAAAAUAUCAAUAUCAGUUGAAACCUGUAGUUUAGAUAGAAAAUAAACUAAAACAACAAGCAAAGACAAGUCAACAAAGAAUGAGAUGAUGUAAUAAAAUAACAGUUUGAUAGUCAUCCUUGGUUAUUCUUAAUAUCUGAGUAUCUGUUGUAAAGAAGCAUAUGUUUGUUUGUUUUUUUAAGAUUAUUUUUUUUGGCCUUUUAUGCCUUUAUUGAUAGUACAGCUGAAGAUAGACAGGAAGCAGGGGGCAGAGAGAGGGGGAGUGAUGCAGUAAAUGGCCGUCCGAUGCGGGAUUCGAGCCGGGGCCAGCUGCAGUGGGGACUGAAGCCUCUUACACCCGGGGCGGCCGCUUAACCCACUACACCACCGACCGCCCCGCAUAUGUUUGUUUUUAUGAUGGACUAACAGUACAAGUUAACAAGCAAUAUUUAUAAUGCUGCACUGUGGAAAGAAACCCAAGACCACAUAGAAGAAGAAAUAACAAAAGUUAUCAGUUCUAUUAAUGUAUCUUUGGAAGAUUUAUUAGGUUAAACUGCCUUUAAGAGCUUGAAUGUUUUAAAUGUAAGCAUUUAAUCCAAAUCUUACAGUUAAAUACAGUAGAUGUUGAUGGAUGUGCCAUGCAACAUGCCACUGAUUAUAUAGCGAACAUGCUGUGUGAAACCUUUACAAAUUGAAUUUAGUAAGUUUACCGUUUGCCCACUCUGAAAUUAAUUGGAACUGGUGCUAAAUGAUUUUUAAAAAAUCUUUUUGGAGUAUCUUUAAAAAACAUACCCACAUUGCAAUGUCUGCAAAGCACAAAUAUUUCAGCCAUUGGUCUUACAGAUUUAUACUACAUACGCCCCUUUAAAACAAUCAAGAUGUCUCCCAAAAUUUCUAGCACAAGUUUAAGUUUUAAACUUUCUGUAUUAACGGUAAGAUGACUGAAUUUUUCCCAUCAAUGCCUGAACACACUCUGAAGUGCUUUAUAUGUUAAUGCUUUGUGUGAGCUAGAAAGUAACAUUGUGUAAUUGUACAUGUUAGUACCAAGAUGAGCUAUUUUUUCAUAUCAGCUGAAUCCUUAAAGCAAAUUAUUGGAAAUGUAUAAAAUUUCAGAACCACUUUAUAUUUUCAAAUUGUGUAUAGUAUUCUGUAACAUGUUUGUGAACCAAAUAGUUGCUUUCAUAAUUUUUAUGAAAUCAUUAGCUUUAUUGAUAUGGACAGAUUUAUUAUUGUUUUUUUCUCAUUAUGGGUAUUAUUUUUGUUCCGUUAAGAAAAGAUUGAACUUCUUUUGAGACUUUUUUUGAGACCUGAAGUUGUGUGAA